UUAUAAAAAAAAUAUUAGGCGAUGUCGAAGGUAACAGAGUAGCCCUGUCCUACAAAACACAAAAUUGCGGCGUGAUUUCUUACAUCCUCAACACUAAAAAUGAUGAAAGCUUCGCUCAAAGCCAAAUAUUCCACCGAUAAAAACUCCGCCGGCGCCACCUUCUCCGUCAACGCCGGAAAUGUCAAGCUCCGAGCUUCCAUGACCGACGCCACCUUCAUUAACGGCCCUUCCUUGAACGGCCUAGCUCUCUCCCUUGACAAACCUGGCUCCUUCAUAGUCGACUACGAUCUCCCGAAAAAGGAUCUAAGAUUUCAGUUUAUGAACACGGUUAGGAUUGCGGAGAAACCGAUAAACUUGAGUUAUGUACAUUUUAAGAAUGAUAAUCGGACGAUACUUGAUGGUACAUUGGUGUUUGAUUCGACUAAUAAGGUUUCGGCCAAUCAUGUGGUUGGUUCGGGAAAUGCCAAAUUGAAGUACACUUAUGUGCACGGUGGAGUGACUACGUUUGAACCGAGUUAUGAUAUAGCUAAGGAUUGUUGGGAUUUUGCGGUCUCAAGAAAGGUUUUUGGAAAUGAUGUGUUUAAGGCUACGUAUCAGACGUCGAGCAAGGCAUUGGGGCUUGAUUGGACUAGGACGUCGAAGCAUAAUGGAUUGUUUAAGAUAUCAGCAUCCUUGGCGAUGGGAGAGCAGAUAAAAAUGACAAAUUUAAGCGCCGAGAGUUCAUGGGAUUUUGAAAUGUUUUGACCGUAUCAGUUCAGGGAAAAUUGCUUAAAAUUUGGAUUCUUAUAUGGGGUAUCUAGCGUUGAUUCUGAACUCUCACAGAGCCUAUUACUGUGUUAUCAUACACAUUUAUUCACUUCUUUUUGGCAUACU